ACUCCUGCAAGAGGCCAAGCCAAGCCAAGUACCAAGUACACGAGCGCGGCUGCUGUCUUGGAGAGAUCAUCGGCGAUGCCUCCCAACGCGGCGGAGGCGGCGCGGCCGAGGAGCCCGCUCAGGGGCAUCAUGCCGCAGAGCCCACUCCGGAUCAAGCAGCACGGCAAGUUCUACGAGCGGCUCCUCGCCAAGGAGAGGUCUGCGUCGACCAACCGCUCCUUCCGCCACUACUGGGCGACCGAGCCUGGCUCGGUGCCGUUCGUCUGGGAGUCGCAGCCUGGCACGCCCAAGGACGUGUCCCGGAUGGUCGCCGGCGCCGUCCCUGCCAUCACCCCUCCGCCGUCGUACCUGCUCCGGCAGGGCAGCAAGAUGGGCGUGCCGGCGCCACGUCGUGCGCAGGGCGGCAAGGCGAAGACGGGCAAGACGCGGUACAGGUUCAAGCGGAUCAAGAUCGGCUUCCUCGCCGGGAUCUUCCGGAGGCUCACACUCGGCCACGCGUGGCGGCGGUCGGCGCCAUCGGUCCAGGUCUCGUCGUCGUCGAGCCGGUGGCUCUUCUCCUCGGUGGCCACGGCCGCGCCACGCCAGAACACCGAGCUGUCCACCCCCCGGGCGCGUCCGAGCCCUUGGAUGCUGCGGUUUCGCGGCUUCCGAAGCUGGAGCCGCGACGACGGUUGGGCGUAGGGUCGCUCUCGCGUGUGUACGUGUGUGUCAUCAAGCCAUCAAGGUGAUUAGAGCAGGACAAAUUUUAUGUUUAUGGUUGCGAAAGAUGUUAACGGUUGUUCUGUAUGCAUUCUGUUGGUGCCUAGCGUUCUAUGGAAAUCAUCAUUAAUUAUGGUGUUGAUUUUGUUUGCUAAUGAGAAGACCUCGUGUGAUUGGAAUAAAUUAAUCGAUCUUUUUGUCAUUAAUUAAUUAACGAGAUA